AUGCUCGCACCUACUGAAACCACGUCGUCGACCGCCCAGGCUGGCCUGUAUUUCGAUCCACUCAAGUUCGAUCGCUCCUCCUUGCCGGCUGUCCCAUCCAGCCAGAGGGCAUUUAAAAAGCACAAAGUCCUCCCACAUCCUAGAAACAACAAGCCGUACACCACCUACGAAGCACGACCAUCGGGUCAACUGAACGCUGAACCAUGCGCCGUGCCCGCGAGGCCGACCCUUCGGUCGUCGAAACCACCGUUACGAAGGGUUAGACCACCUGAUCCUCCCCCGACCCCGCCAACGCAUUCUCGUGCAUCCUCGAGUAGCCAGUCUGUCUUGCCACCAAGUCCAACCUACGUUGAGAGCCCAGCGGCGAGUGCUCCGAGCGCUGCGGGGAGGCUACCAAGCACGCCCCCGAACCAAAGAAGCCCUCCCACUCCCGAUGUGACACCACCCGACCCAACGCGGAGACCGAAAGCCUUCCGUCCCGUCCUGGCCGACCGCAUUCCUUCCAAGGCUACAACAGCAGAUUCCCGCGCUGACUCGUUCAAGACGGCGCGGGAGACUCCAGGUUCAUCAGCUGAGGAUUUGACCCUGCGUCUGAGGGCGUCUUCUGGUCGAACCUCCCAAAGCACAGUGCGGCAGUCCAAAGAUCCGAAACAGAAUACAACGCAGGGCUUGGGCUUGCGAUUAGAAUCCGAAGAAAACUUGACACCGCGGACGAAACACGAGUUUGUUGCUUUUGAUGGGGAAUGGGGCUCCGCAAACGACGUUGAGCAGGAAUGGGAUGAUAAUCUCAUGCGGAAUGUGACGGUGCGAAAACGGCGGAACCCACCCAAGGGCAAGGGAUCGAAUGGCCGCAAGCACGAGGUUGUUGAGGUUGUCGAAGAUGUGACAAUCACGCCGACCAACGCGACAAAGGCCUUACGCUCCAUACCCCUGCAAGAUCGCGUAGAAACGGUUGACUCCUCGCCAACCAAAGAACUUGGAGACCGGGGCAGCAAGCAUUGGACCGCGCUCUCAACCUCGGAAUCCUCAAUAAGUACCAAUCCCAAAAGAUCAUCUGGUAUGUCUACCAAAUCUACCGUCUCUACCAUCGUGGAGGCCAUUUUGGUUGAUACGCCGCCUCAACGGCUGAAGACACUGCGACACGUUAAGAAGCAAACGGGACUCAGGGAUUCCAGGUCAGACCUUUCUCCUUCCAGCUCUACUACAAACUCGAUUGGCUUGGACGAGAACGUGAGACAUCCUAGAGGGAGGGCCAGAUUUAACGUCGCUCGUUCGGAGAGUCUUGCGUCAUCUGGAACUGUCAGUUCCCUAGCCAGUCGCAAAGCACGCCGUGAGGUGUGGAAGAACGGAGGCAUUCCGGUCAUUGUCAUUCCCGACAGAAGGACGUCAAUGAAAUCUAUGGCGACGCCCUCGCUUAGGUCCACGAGCAGUCGCCGGUCUCAGAGAAGCAACAGCCUGAGUUCGGUGCCUCUGUCUAGUGUAUCCAAGGCUAAAGAAAAAGACUUGUCACUUUACCUUGACCGGCCUUCUCGUAGGGGUAGAACCCUUUCAGAAUCUGACGGCUCACUUCCAGGGGACCAGCGGACUAUAGACUAUCCCCCAAUGGUUCCAGUUCGAACGUCUUCCCUGUCGGCACCAACAAGCAGGAAUACGUCCCGUGCGGGCUCUCUUGCGGGCUCUCGAACUGGGUCCAGAUCGAACUCGCUGACUGCAGAGAGCCUAACGGCGCACAAUGCGGUCCAGGGGCAGCACAAGCGAUUGCCACCACCCAAAGUUACUGUGGAACGUGUCCCCUCCUCGCACAGAGAUGCGCAUGACCACAGGCCACUGGUUGACCACAACGGGGACCCGUUCUUCGGCAAACGACUGACCACGCACAACACACCAUUUUCCAUAGCAUCCGUCGAGACAAACGGAACACACUCUGCAGCAGAGGUUUCGGAAGCCAUGGCGGUGAACAUCUACCCGCACCAGAACAAAUCUGUACUCAUGGUCGAUCACACCUCAUCGAAAUCCGGAGAGACAAACGUUUUACAGAGGCAAAGGUCUGCUGGGACGGAUGAGAUGGCGACGACCCCGGUAAUUGAUAAACCCAAGAUCAUAACCAGCAGUCCUGACGGGGGCCCCGUCACACCUCCCCAACCUUGGUUUUCCAUGGACGAAGUGGAUUCUCCUCUACGAAAUCCACGUGCACCUCCCGAACCCCCUGCCCUUGCUGUCCCUCCUCCUGCAAUUAAGUUCAUUCCAGCUACUCCAUCGGGCCUCACUCCCGCUGCGGACAAGAUGAAGAUGCUUGGCAACUACUUCGAGGAGACUGAGAGGCGGCCUUCGCUGGUCAAGCGGGCUUUGAGUCUGCGCGUAAGUUCAGACGGCAGUGCUCAGCGUCCGGGAUUCCUCCUGCGCACUCUGUCCAUGUCCAAGAAUACUCACAAGGACACAUCCGAGAAUUCAGCGGUGGAAAAGGGGAAAGACGCCAUAUUGACUCAAUAUCCCACUGCCAAUGAUCCACCGCCUGAUGAAGCCAGGUUACAUCCAUUCUGGCGGCCAACCUCCUCGCUCUUCGACAGCCAGGGCGACGAGGAUUGGGUCUAUGACAUAACCGACGAAGGCGAUCGAGUUUACAGAUACCCGCCUGUUGAUAAUCGCCCCUCACCUCCACGCCGCUCCCUUAGUCAGCGGAUGAAGAAUACGUUUGCCAUAUUGCCUGUGGCUAACGAUGAUCAUUACACGGCAGCCGACAGCUACGGGCCCGAGAGGCGCACCAUCAAACGCACCAAAAGUGGCAAUCUUCGUGUCAUGCGACAUCAGAAUAGCUAUAGCAGCAUGCGCUGGGGCCGUUCUGCUUCGCCCUCGUCAUUGCGCCAUCGUUCGCAGUCGCAAGCCAUGACUGGCCAGGGUCGACCUUCCACGGCGCCUGACCGAACGGGCCGCCGCAUGUCGGGAGUCGAGAAGCGUCAGUACGGCUUGCAGAACCUGCAGCGCAGACUGAGUGAACAUAGAAGACAGAAGAGGACCGACGCGUUGCGUGGGAAGAUCAGCGGCCCCCGCGAGGUUAGGGAUGGCGUUGGCGAGGUCAUCAAACGCAAAAGUUACAAGGGCCAAGUUAUCAGACUCCAUCUGGCAUCACGAGCGACACGGGUGAUCGCACCGAACGGCACAGCCAAUCGGACGGUGUAG